AUGGCGUCUCGCUGCAGGUCUCUCUCUAAACCAACAUUCUCUCUUCUCAAAUUCACCACAAACAAACCCACCCUUAAGCCCAAAUCCACGCCUUCUCUCCUCCCUACCCGCCCUUCUCUCACAUUUUCAAGGCCAGUUCCUCAAUUGGGUUCUGUUCAAUCUCUGCUUCCACUUCACUCAGCUGUCUCUUCGGCUAGGCUCACCUCAUGCCUCAGCAUUGAUUCAAGGAGCUCGCGGUCGUUGUCUCAGGGUAUGCUCUGCAGUGCGAACCCUGGAGUUUGA